AAGCAAUUGAAUUGGCUGUAUUAUUCCUUCAGUGAAUUGCUUCGCCCCCCACCUCCCCCCCCCGGGCACCAUCAGCAGCGUUAGAUAUCAAACGGUGGCUUAUGCCCAGCUAUAGAAUCAGGGAUGGUAUUAAAUAUUAUCAUGGCGAUGCCGCUUUGGCCUUUCCUACUCGGGUUGUAGGUCCGAUUCUGGAGUUAUUGUUCGGCGACGCUUCCGAGUCUCAGGGAGGAUAUAGUUGGAAACCACAAAGUUCCCUGGCCGGAUACAAGGCGACAAUCAGUAUCGCCCUUGGAAGCGCCACUUUUCGUCGCGCCGCAGUCACUAGUACCACUACAUGUACACUCGGACGAAGUCUACUAGAUCACCUCGUGUGCUCCUCGUAUAUUCCCGACCCGGGGGGGUGAAAGGCGUAGGGGACGUUGAUUGGGGUUGUCUUGUGCUUGUCGGAUUGUGGUGGAAGGCCGGUGGUUUGGCAGUUCUGGGCAGGCCGGCAUUACUGUCGCCGAAGAGGAAGGACCAUGGGCCGUUCACGCCUUGUACUCUGCUGGAAGA